UCUUCAAUUCUCUUAGCUCUGCAUUUCGCGCUAUAGCCGUUCGCCAUGGACACUUCUUCCGCCAGUAACGACUCCACCGUCACCUCCGACGGUCACGACUCCGGCAAAGCGCCGACCGCCGAUCCUAACGCCACGCUCGGCCGCCACGUGGCGAGGCGUCUGGUCCAGAUCGGCGUCGAGGAUGUGUUCUCUGUACCUGGGGAUUUUAAUUUAACUCUUCUCGAUCAUUUGAUUGCGGAGCCUGGGUUGAACAAUAUCGGUUGUUGUAAUGAACUGAAUGCUGGUUACGCUGCGGACGGUUACGCCAGGGCGAGAGGCGUGGGUGCGUGCGUGGUGACGUUUACUGUUGGGGGAUUGAGCGUUUUGAAUGCGAUUGCUGGGGCGUAUAGUGAGAAUCUGCCGGUGAUCUGUGUUGUAGGAGGACCGAACACGAAUGAUUAUGGUACGAACCGGAUUUUGCAUCAUACUAUCGGUUUGCCGGAUUUCAGCCAGGAACUGCGUUGUUUCCAGACGGUGACGUGUUAUCAGGCUGUGGUGAAUAACUUGGACGACGCACAUGACCAAAUCGAUACGGCCAUUUCCACAGCUCUGAAGGAGAGCAAGCCAGUGUAUAUAAGCAUCAGUUGCAAUUUGGCAGCAAUUCCUCACCCAACUUUCAUAAGAGAGCCAAUCCCCUUCUCCAUUACACCACGAUUGAGCAACAAACGCGGGCUGGAGGCAGCAGUGGAAGCAGCAGCAGCCUUCUUAAACAAAGCAGUUAAGCCAGUCCUGAUAGGAGGACCAAAGCUCCGCGUCGCCAAAGCUUCUUCCGCCUUUGUGGAGCUAGCCGACGCCUGCGGCUAUCCAUUGGCCGUCAUGCCGUCGGCCAAAGGCCUUGUCUCCGAGGAACACCCUCACUUCAUGGGCACAUAUUGGGGCGCCGUCGGCACCGCCUUCUGCGGCGAGAUCGUAGAAUCAGCCGACGCCUACCUCUUCGCCGGCCCCAUCUUCAACGACUACAGCUCCGUGGGCUACUCUCUCCUCCUCAAAAAGGAGAAGGCCAUCAUCGUCCAACCCGACCGUGUCGUCGUCGCCAAUGGUCCUGCAUUCGGCUGCAUUCUCAUGAAGGAUUUCCUGCAGGAACUUGCCAAGAAGGUGAACAAAAACACCACAGCUUACGAGAAUUACAGGAGAAUCUUCAUCCCGGAUGGGGUGCCUCCUAAAAGUGAGCCUAAAGAGCCAUUGAGAGUCAAUGUGCUCUUCCAGCAUAUACAAAAGAUGCUGACAGGCAACUCUGCAGUUAUUGCUGAGACAGGGGACUCUUGGUUUAACUGCCAAAAGCUUAAAUUGCCCAGCGGAUGCGGGUAUGAAUUCCAGAUGCAGUAUGGAUCGAUCGGAUGGUCUGUCGGCGCAACGCUCGGCUACGCUCAGUCUGUCCCGAAUAAACGUGUAAUCGCUUGCAUUGGCGAUGGAAGCUUUCAGGUUACUUGUCAAGACAUCUCGACGAUGAUCCGGUGCGGGCAGAAGACCAUCAUUUUCUUGAUAAACAACGGCGGAUACACCAUCGAAGUCGAGAUCCACGACGGCCCUUACAACGUGAUCAAGAACUGGAACUACACUGCAUUCGUCGAUGCCAUCUGCAACGGCGAAGGGAAAUGCUGGACUACAAAAGUGUACUGCGAGGAGGAUCUAGUGCCCGCCAUCGAAACGGCGAGUGGAGAGAAACAGGACUGCCUGUGCUUCAUAGAGGUGAUUGUUCACAAGGAUGAUACAAGCAAAGAGCUUCUGGAGUGGGGGUCCCGGGUCUGCUCAGCCAACAGUCGACCCCCCAACCCUCAGUAGGAAGAUCUAUCUCUGCAUUUUCCUGGUA